GCUUCUUUAGCGAAAUUCAUUUUAUCUGUACGUUGGGAAUAUAGAGAACAAGUCAAUCAAGCUGUUGAAUUGUUAAAACAAUGGCCAACAAUAGCUCCUGAACAUGUCCUAGAAUUGUUCACUCGUCAAUUUCUUCAUCCUGCUGGUAGAAGAUUCGCUGUAUGUCGUUUGGAAGCUGCUAGUGAUGAA